UCGUCGUCGCUGAUCGUCACCGUCCCGUCAAGCCACAGACUCAAGAUGACGAAGAAGAGAAGAAACAACGGCCGCAACAAGAAGGGCCGCGGCCAUGUCAACUUUGUGCGCUGCUCGAAUUGCUCGCGAUGCGUGGGCAAGGACAAGGCCAUCAAGCGAUUCACCGUGCGCAACAUGAUCGAGAGCGCGGCUGUGCGAGAUAUUGGCGAGGCGUCAGUGUACCCUGAGUACAUCGUUCCCAAGCUCUACGUGAAAAUCGCAUACUGCGUGUCGUGCGCCAUUCACUCGCACGUCGUACGUGUCCGCUCGCGCGAAGGCCGUCGCAACCGCGCUCCUCCACCCCGUGUCCGAUGGAAAGAUGGCAAAAAGGUCAACCCUGCCGUCGUCGCGGCAGAGGAGGCCAAGGCAGCGGCUGCGCGGGGCGCAUAGGCUGUGUACUCGAG